GUUCAUAGGCGGCAAACAACAUUCAUCUUGUCAUCGUCUCUUUUCAUGUUGUUGUCUUUCACUGGGACCUGAAGUGAUCCUAAACUGGACUAUGAUGAUGGUGGAGGGUCUUCAAUCGGUUCCUUUCAGCCCACAGGAGGACUCAGAACACCAGCCUCUAAACCUGAAGCCCAGACACCAGGACCUGGUCCCCACACCAUGUGGACCGGUGCUGUUGGGUUGGAGUCUGUUGUCGUCACACUUUGGUCACUCACUCCAUCCCCCAGACUUCAGUCUGACUGCUGUUGUGGGUUGGGUCUUCCACCAACACUGCUGUUGAAACCAUGCUCUUGCUGGUGUCCACGCACUUGUCCGCUGUAAAAUCCACGCCCUCUUCCUCUGCCUCUGUAGCAAAACUGUCUGCUCCUGUGGGGACAGUCUCGAGCCCAAUGUCCAUAUUCAUUGCAAUGAGGAAGAGAUGGUCGGAGCUGUCAUGCCCUCUCAGACUCUACUACUCUUUCACCAUCCUGUCUCUGCUGGUGCUGGUUGGGAUCACCCUGUCCAGUAUCGUCAAGCAACGCAUGAGCAGAGACGUCUCCGAUGAGGACAACUUCACCGUGUCUCUCAUUCUGCUUUUUGGGACCUUUUUCUGUAUCUACUACAUCAGUCGUGGAGUUCUGCAGGAGAACAGACAGGAGAUGAUAGCCUUCAUUGUCUGCAUCAUCGUCAUCAUGGUUCGGUCACUGGUCAACUUUUUUCUGCUGAGGUCAAAGGGCAAACAGGAGCUGGAGCCUCGUUUCCUGUACAUCAUGGUUCUGAGUGUCAUCCACAUCAUCAUCUGCAUCGUGUACGUCUUUUGGGUUAAACCCAGAUGGAUGGCGUUCCGUGUGGGCGGGGCAUUGGAGAGUCUCCAGAACCAGUACUUCUUGCUCAACCUCUGCUUCUCCAUGGUGACCUUUGACCUGCAGGCCCAGCUGUGUCUGUGCAUCCUGAUCACAACAACAGAAUCCAACAUGUCCCCCACCAACGCCAUCAUCCUGGGUGUCGGGGUGGUCUGGGCCGUGGUGGUCGCCGCCGUCGGCGCUGUGGCGGUUUUAAAGGAGGUCAAGGUCUUGGUGUGGAUCUUCAUGGUGCUGAACCUUCUCCAGGUCCCCCUCUUUAUCUAUGUGAUGUACGAGAUCAUUAAACAGUGGUACUCGAACUCCGUCUACACCUUGGAAGCUGCCGCUGUCACCGGGGCGUUGGUUUCUCUGCUCAUUAAAGGGGUUCUGCUGUGGGCUCUGGUCCGACUGGUGCAGAACUUCGGCCAAGGCCUCAGGGAGAGGAUGUUCACAGGCGUCGAAAUGACAGAACCUGAGGACGAAGGACGGCGCUGACACGUGGAUCCAUGAGUCCAGUGUGCUCCGUCCCAGGUCUGGUCUUUAACGCUGAGCUGAUGAUGUGGUGGAACCCCCCCCCACCACCACCACCCCCACUACCACCUGUAUGAAACCACUGAUCUGCCUUCAUACCGUGGACUCCAUGGGUUUGACAUGUGUUCUUUUUCCUCUGUGAACACUGUAAAGUCUGAACCACUGGGGUCUGAAAUCACACACAAACAGAUGCUUUUAACCCAGAAAGACCCAGACACACUUUUACAUCAGCUCCAAAACGAACUUUUCUCUCUGUUUAACCUUUCAUAAGCACCAUUUAUGCUUAUUCUCUGUAUUUUGCAUUUUUUCAGUGAAAAUUAAGCAUUUUCCUAUAUUUAAUUGACUGAUCGUGUAGGUUUUGAUAAAA